AUGCAUCUGUCCAGCGAACUCUCUGCCAAAGCGAACCUACUGGCGUCUCACCAACAACAACUAGGCCGACUCACCACGCUAAUGGAGAAGUUGGUGAAAUCCGUACAGAGUCUCCAUCGGCCCGCACCCGAAUCCGUUUCCCCAGUGCCUCAAGCGAGUCAGGUACCAGUCAUAAUGCCUCACAGUACAGUGACUGCUAAUCCACAUUUUGCCUUUCCAGAAAAAUUUGACGACACCCCAACCAAAUGUAAGGGCUUUCUUAUGCAAUGCUCUAUGUUCCUGGCUCAACAGCCCUCGUUAUACCUGACUGAUGAUAACACAUUAAAACUGCUGUUUCGUCAAGGAUUAAACACUGACGUGCAAUCAGAGCUGGCCUGCCGUGAUGAAGACAGAACCCUGGACCAAUUCAUUGACCUCGCUAUUCGCAUUGACAAUCUCAUUCGCUCCAGGAGACCUAACCGAUUUACCAGCCCUCUCAGUCAAACGAAUCAACCCAGUGAUAACGCUGAACCCAUGCAAGUCGGUCGAACUCAUCUCUCCACAGAGGAGCGUGAACGCCGCAUCAGGAAUCAUCUCUGUCUAUAUUGUGGCCAAGUGGAACAUUUGAGAGCUGACUGCCCAACACGACUCCCUCAAACACACAAUCGCAGGUGGCAGCGCUAGAUGGGCGCCCCCUGGGGACCGGCCAGGUACUGUACACCACUACUGAUCUCAUUCUGCAAGUUGGUGUUUUACACACUGAAACAACAUGCCUCUUCGUCAUCCACUCUCCUCACAACCCAG